AUGUCAGCAAAAAAGACAAAUUCGUCAAUUGAUGUUAAACAAGAAGAAAAGAAAAAUGAAAAACCAAAAAUAGAACCAAAACCAAUCGUUAUAGUUGAUGAAAUUCCAGAUAUUGGAGAGAAUGAUGGAGAUGUUAAGACUGCGAUUAAAAUGGAAAUGGAGGAUUUAUCAUUAACCAAAGUUACAACUGAUAAAAAAGCUAAAAAGAAGAAAAUGGUGUUUGUGGAUUCAAAGGAAGUGCAGUGCGAUCUUGGACCGGAUAAAAAGGAAGGUGCACCUCCCGCUGUAGACUCGCUUCUUUAUUCUGCCUAUUACCAUCCUGUACAACAAUUGACUCCACAUGAGCAUGCCGACAUGUGUGAAUGUAUUCAGACGUCAACUUUUAAAAUGUCUCUUUUUUCUGAUCUUAAAACGAAGAUGAAUGAUAAAGAAUAUACUUUUAAUAAUAUGAAGAAGAUUUGGCCUGAGAAGGAUAAGGCCGCGAAGGAUAAGAAGGAUAAGGGGACUGGUGGUCCAGUAUAUAUUUGA